GAAAAACGGUGGUUCUGAUACUUGUGAGUGCGGAAGAUCUUUCACACCGAUACAUUGAUAUCAAAGAACAUGAACCCAAUGGUAACAACAAUAGCAGUAACAGUGGUGCUAUAUGUGACAGUUCUUGAAAGUGUGAAGGGAUUUCUGCUACACACGAAUGAUAGGUGGAUUGUGGAUGAAAAUGGGAAGAGGGUGAAGCUAGCAUGUGUGAACUGGGUGUCCCAUUUGGAUGCUGCUGUUGCAGAGGGUUUAAAUCAGCAACCUUUGGAUAUGAUUUCCAAGAGUAUCAAGUCUAUGGGCUUCAACUGUGUGAGACUCACAUGGCCACUUCUCUUGCUCACCAAUCACUCUCUUGCUUCUCUCACUGUCAGAAACUCUUUCCAAAACCUUGGCCUUCUUCAAUCCAUCAAUGAUGUUCAAGCCCUCAACCCCUCCAUCAUUGAUCUUCCCAUCAUCAAAGCUUACCAGGAAGUGGUGAAGAGCUUAGGAGACAACGAUGUAAUGGUGAUCUUGGACAAUCACGUGACACAACCAGGAUGGUGCUGCGGUAACAUGGAUGGCAAUGGCUUCUUUGGGGACCAAUAUUUUGAUCCUGACCUUUGGAUUAUGGGUCUUACCAAUAUGGCUACACUUUUCAAAGGAGUGAGUAAUGUGGUCGGCAUGAGCUUGAGGAAUGAGUUACGAGGUCCCAAACAAAAUGUCAACCAAUGGUACAGGUAUAUGCCAAAGGGAGCAGAAGCAGUGCAUGCAGCAAAUCCAGAAGUUCUUGUGAUUCUUUCUGGUCUAAACUUUGACACUGACCUAUCAUUCAUGAAAGAGGGAGCAGUGAAACUGAGCUUCAAUGAAAAACUGGUGUUGGAACUGCACUGGUACAGCUUCAGUGAGGGUCAACCACGGGCCUCAAGGAAUGCAAACCAAAUGUGUGGGGAAGUCACAGCAAAUGUGAUGAGAAGGGCAGGCUUCUUAUUGGGCCAAGGCCUGCCAUUGUUUGUCAGUGAGUUUGGGCUGGACUUGAGAGGCUUAGAUGCCAAUGACAAUACCUACCUAAACUGCUUCAUGGCAUUUGCAGCCCAAUUUGACUUGGACUGGGCCUUGUGGACACUUGGUGGGAGUUACUACAUAAGACAAGGAGUUGUUGGAAUGAAUGAGUAUUAUGGUGUUCUCAAUUCAGAUUGGAGUGAGGUUAGAAACCUCAGUUUCUUGCAGAGAAUCUCAGCUAUUCAAAUCCCCUUUCAAGGGCCAGGUUUAUCAGAAGCAAAACCAUACAAAGUGAUUUUUCACCCUUUGACAGGUUUUUGCAUCUUAAGAAAAUCACAGGUUGAGGCUUUGAGGUUGGGAUCUUGUUCUGAUUCUGAUGAAUGGGAGUACACAGACCAAAACACACUAUCGAUAAAGGGUACCAAUUUCUGUUUACAAGCAGAGGGAGAAGGGAAACAAGCGAAAAUUGGGAAUAUAUGUUCAACUCUUAAUUCAAGAUGGGAAAUGCUCUCUGAUUCAAAGAUGCAUCUAUCAACUCAGAUCAAUAACUCUUCUGGAAUGUGUCUUGAUGUAGACACCAAUAACAUCAUUGUCACCAACACUUGCAAAUGUCUAACCAAAGAUAACAACACUUGUGAACCUGCAAGCCAAUGGUUCAAACUUGUUGACAGCACAAGGAAUUAAGUCACAGACUCAACUACUUGUUCAGCUUCUUGCAAAACGAUAUUUCUAAAAAUUAACCAUUGUGUUCAAGUGCUCAACACAGAAAGUUGAACUUAGCAGUAUUAAAUGUAGAUUGAUUUAUGAUGUUGUGCAUGUUCGUUCCUCUCCUUUGGCUAGUUCUUGUUCUUUUUAAAAAAUUCAGUGAAUUCACAAAGGGCAACUGAAUCAUGAAAGAAUGCUAUCGUUUUACUGAAUCAAAUGAAAUGUACAAAUAAAACUUUGAUCGAGCUAUUUACUGACAUUGGAGGGUACCACGAGAAUGGAUACACACUAAUUGAAACUUGAAAUCCAUGAGAAAAUACAAAAACCAUAUACAAGAAAAGUUGAAAGUGGAAUCAAGAUUCAAAGCAAGAGAACUGCUCAACGAGUAGUGGAACUGGCGCUGCACUGACAAGAAGAAGGAUCAACAACAGUAACACACCGAGCCUGAUCUUGUGAACCAAGGCACUGUAAACAUCACACGAUGCAAGAAAGGAUGGUGAGGCAUUGGUGGCGUCGUAGGAACUGCAUAGUUCAAACUUCACUUCACCACAAUGGCCUUGCAGCUUGUCCCUCUCGGCAUCAACGCUGAACCACAAGUCCAAGUACGAAAAACCACACGAUGAUGCUCCGACAGCACCACCCCAUUCAUCAACUGUCAACGACA